AUCUCUUUCGAGCUGAAGAGUUACUCUGAUAAAACAGUGGUUACUCAUGAUGCUUCUCUCCAGCACCAUCCUCGCGGCCUGCCUAGGACUCAUCGUCCCCGGCAAUGCUUUCUCGGAAAGACGGAUCGACAGGAGCAUUCAUGAACAGCGUGCAGAAGGUUCUUGUUCGGGGGAACAGCCUCCCUCUGUUGCUCCGCACAAAAACUUCUGGGGUGGCCUGACGGCGGCAGAGACUAGAGAUGUCUUGGCUCUUCUGCACAGUGACGCCGUCGGAUUCAAUCUAACAAAUGCAAACAAUGCUACAAGUCGGGACAACAAAAUCAUGUCAGUUGAGCUCAUGAUGCCCAACAAGACAGACAUCCUUCCAAUGCUAUCCAACAGCAGUGGAACUCUAACUAGGUACGCCUUAGCUGCGGUAAUGUUCGGAGCUCCAGAGGAGGCCUAUCUUCAGGAGUUCAAAGUCGGCCCUCUGCCAAUCACCAACGCGUCGGCUGUGCUGCCCUUCACUUUUGCCAACACUAGGAAGAACCCGAAGAUCUCAGUCGUAAACCCAGACACGGAAGACUAUGCUACAUUUAAUCUGCAGAAUAUGAAGGAUGCGGAAGAUGUAACAAAGAAGCUUUGGAACCUUACGGUUGAUGACGGCCUCCAAGUACCCUUGGCUUUUGCUGCUCCGAUUACGGCUUCUGAAGGCAAGGUCAUUAUGUGGCAAGGAUUUAAUGCUCCUGUUACAAGUAUCUACGAUACAAUCUCCCUUCUGCCGCUAGGCCUCUACAUGAGAACGGAUAUCACCGGCCGCGAUCCUAGCAAGUGGAAGGUGACUGGCUGGGUCUAUAACAAUGAGUUCUACCCAACUCUGGAUGACUUCCGCAAGGUUAUUAAUGAACCAAACUUCAAGCCUUUGGGAAUGAACGUGGACGAGCCUUGGGCUCAUACACGAACACUUGGAGACUCCUUGCCUUUUGAUAACCUCCCACCACCUGCGCCAGUUCAAGUAGGCAAGGAAAGAUUUACUGUUGAUGAGGAAGAGAAUUACGUGACCUGGAUGGAUUUCUCAUUCUACGUCAGCAUCACCCGCGACAAUGGCUUGCGCCUCUACGAUGUCCGUUACAAGGGCAAGAGAAUCCUCUACGAGUUUGGAAUGGACGAAGCCAUCGCACAUUACGCUGGAAUCGACCCAGUACAAUCAGGCACAUGUUACUUCGACAGCAUGAGCGGCUUUGGACCCCCAAUGAUCUCCCUUGUCAAAGGCUACGACUGCCCAGCCUAUUCCCACUACCUUAAUGUGUCUCAAACUACCGGCGAGACUACGUACACGCAGAAUGACGGCCUAUGCAUGUUCGAGAUUGACAAAGGAUUUCCCAUCCAGCGUCACUCCUGGGCUGGUUAUACAACCGUUACUAAGAACAUUGCGUUCAACGUUCGCGCCGUCUACACUAUUGGCAACUAUGACUACAUGACUACAUAUCAGUUCUCCCUCGAUGGAUCGAUUGAAGUCGCAGUUCGGGCCUCGGGAUAUAUCUCGUCGGCAUUCUACGCCCAAAACGAAGACUAUGGUUUCAAGAUCCAUGAUAGCCUCUCCGGAUCCCUGCAUGACCACGUCAUCACCUUUAAGGCUGACUUCGACAUCUUAGGAGAAGCCAAUUCACUACAGAAGGCUGCUAUUGUGCCCACUACUGAGACGUACAAAUGGUCAAAUCGAACGCACAAGACCAUGAAGAUUGCGAAAAGCUUCAUUGAAAAUGAAGAUGAGGGAAAGAUCAACUGGUCGCCUAACGGUGGCACAAUGUACGCCGUUGUCAACAAGGAUGCGCCCAAUAAAUACGGCGAAUUGCCUGGUUAUAGGAUUGUUCCAGCAUCCGGUGUGGCCUAUCUUACGAUCGAGGAUUCGGACGUCACUCAGAAUGCGGCUCACCACACCACACACCACCUCUACGUUACCAGACAGAAGGAUAAUGAGAUUUAUGCCGUAGGCGCAUACAACUCACUUACGCCUGAGGAUCCUCAAGUGGACUUCAACGAGUACUUCAAUGGGGAGUCUCUUGUGCAAGAGGACAUAGUCAUUUGGUUCAACCUUGGUAUGCACCAUAGCCCACAUAGUGGAGAUCUGCCCAAUACUGUCUUCUCUACGGCCCAUUCUGCCAUGACAAUUGAGCCCUUCAACUAUCUACCGGGUGAUCCUUCGCAGGCCAGCACCCAGCAGGUCUUGAUCAAGACAAAGGACGGCAAGGCAGAGAUCACUCGUUAUGGUGCUCAAGAAGCUACUUGUCCAAUAGACACGGCCCAGCUAAACCCAGACCUCUCACAGUACUCGAAUACUAUCAGUAUACUCAAGUUCCCAUUCGAUGGAUCGAAGCCGGAUCGUGCUUAGGUACGGGAUGUCGCGAAGCAUGUCACUAUGGGGUAGGGUAGGCUCUUAGGUAACUGAGAUAGCCGGAUGGAAAGUGCCCCUACCACAACAGCGCAAUUCCUCAAUAACGCC